UUCUCUCUCUCUCUCUCUCUCUCUCUUCCCGUUCUCCCUUCCCCUAACCCUAGCCAUGGCGAUCCGUAAGCUCCUCACCCUCUCUCGCCGCCCCCUCCUCCUCUCCAGCCGAUCCGCCUCCACCGCGGCUGCCCUAGCCUUCCCAGACCUGGCCGCCCCAGCCCCGGCCAGGCCCCCCGUCAUGCAUUACGACCGCCUCGCCGAGGCCGUCCGGUCCAAGAUCAAGCGCCUCGACGACCCCGACCCCCGCUUCCUUCGCUACGCCUCCCCCCACCCCGCCCUCGCCGACCACACGUCCGUGCUCGCCGCGCCGCAGACCCGCGUCACCACCCUCCCUAACGGUCUCCGCAUCGCCACCGAGUCCACCCUUUCCUCCCGCACCGCCACCGUCGGCGUGUGGAUCGACGCCGGCAGCCGAUUCGAGACCGACGAGACCAACGGGACCGCGCACUUCUUGGAGCACAUGAUCUUCAAGGGCACGCAGUCACGGACGGUGCGGCAGCUGGAGGAGGAGAUCGAGAACAUGGGGGGGCAUCUGAAUGCUUACACCUCGAGGGAGCAGACCACCUACUAUGCCAAGGUGUUGGAUAAGGAUGUGCCCAAGGCGCUCGAGAUCCUUGCGGACAUACUUCAGAAUUCAUGCUUCGAUGAGAAGCGCAUUGAGAGGGAGCGGGAUGUCAUCCUCAGGGAGAUGGAAGAGGUUGAGGGACAAACUGAAGAAGUUAUUUUUGAUCAUUUGCAUGCAACUGCAUUCCAGUAUACUCCACUUGGCAGAACCAUUCUAGGACCUGCUCAGAACAUCAAGACUAUUACUAAAGAGCACCUUAAGAACUACAUAUCCACUCAUUACACAGCCCCUAGAAUGGUCAUCUCAGCUGCUGGUGCUGUUAAACAUGAGGACAUAGUUGAGCACGUUAAAAAGGUGUUCACAAAGCUUUCAAAUGAUCCUACUACAGCAUCCGAAUUGGUCGCGAAGGAACCGGCUAUUUUCACGGGUUCUGAGGUUAGGAUAAUAGAUGAUGAUAUUCCACUUGCGCAAUUUGCGGUUGCAUUUAGUGGAGCAUCUUGGACAGACCCAGAUUCUAUCGCAUUAAUGGUCAUGCAGUCUAUGCUAGGUUCUUGGAACAAGAACGCUGGUGGUGGAAAGCACAUGGGUUCAGAGCUGUCCCAAAGAAUAGCCAUUAAUGAGAUUGCUGAAAGCAUGAUGGCUUUCAAUACAAACUAUAAAGACACUGGUCUGUUUGGUGUUUAUGCAGUUGCCAAGCCGGAUUGUUUGGAUGAUUUGGCUUAUGCAAUUAUGUCUGAGAUAAGCAAGCUGUCUUACAGAGUUUCGGAGGCUGAUGUUACUCGUGCACGUAAUCAGCUCAAAUCUUCUCUUCAACUUCACAUCGAUGGAACCAGCCCUGUUGCCGAGGAUAUUGGCCGUCAGAUGCUUACAUAUAGACGAAGAGUCCCAGUUGCUGAACUCUUUGCAAGGAUAGAUGCAGUCGAUGCUAGCACUGUUAAGCGUGUUGCCAAUCGUUUUAUAUUUGAUCAGGAUGUUGCAAUUGCAGCCAUGGGACCAAUCCAGAGCCUUCCAGAUUACAACUGGUUCCGGCGCCACACAUAUUUGCUCCGCUAUUGAUGGUGGGCACUAGUUCUUAAUUAUUCUUUAGAUCUUCAGAAUGGGAUCUUCACUGGCCCUUCCUGUUUUGCUGUUUAUCAUAAUCACCAUGAAAGUUUCAGAUGUCUGGAAGGAUUUUGCUUUCCGUUCACAGUACUUGUGAUGUAACAUUCCAAGAUCAAGUGAAAUAAUGAAUGCCAGAUACAUGAAUUCGUUUUCUUUUUGCCUGUAAAACCUGUUCCAAGUUUGGAUCAUGUUUCGUGUUACUACUAUCUUAUUGGAGAAUGGAUUCGUUGAUCCUCCUGCA